GAAACAGAGAGGAUAUCAUAGAUAUAUAGGAGCUAUGACGACCCAUCUACGUUCUGAAAUUCUUCACAUCUCUGCACUAUAAUAGCCUCUGAACUACAAAGCUUGACCUUACUUCUAACACGUCAGUACUAUUACAACAAUGAACACCAACAACAACAACAACGCUGCCGCUGGUCAGAAGGAAGACUACCUUGACAAGGGCCUUGACGCUGCCGAAAAGAAGUUUGGUGGUUCCAUGGGACAGGACACACAGAAGAACCGUGCCGUGAACGAAAAGAUCACAGAUGGAGCCCGCAACAUGUUCGAAAAAGCCACCGGCAAGAACGUUCCCGACAAGUUCUCCAACUAGUCGGCUCUCCCUCGACGUCGACUCGUCGACCGACCCGCCCUCAACACGCUACGAAGAUGCACACCCAGCACCCAUCUCCCCUGCCUCAACGUCACCGCACUC